AGCCCACAGCUCAAUCAGCUAAUGCACUGUGUCUGAUCAAUUGAAUUAAGGUGCACUUUGAGCUUCAUUGAUGGAGACUGUUAAUUAGUUUAUUGGUGGAAUCAGGCACUUCUUGGAAGCUACUUCUGGAUACCACCACUAUAGCAAGUGCAUUGAUCAAAUUGACUUGCAAUCAACAAUCAGACAAGAUAGUUUCUGUUUGGCAAGGAAGAAAUUGCUGGGAAAUCAUCUCCGAGUCUAGAUGAAGAGUAAUGAUACAUGGCUGAUGUGGGACCUACCAGCCCCUCUCGCAUUCGGUUUUGGAUCUUUGGUUCACAAACCAUUCCCCUUAUUUGAAACAGUUGGAGAUAUGUGACAGAACUACCCAAGUGGCACCAUUCUGUGGUGGGUCCUAAAACGGUCUGUGUGUUCCAAGGGAACUGUGGGCGCUGAACGAAAUCAAAAAGCAGGAGCUGGUGAUGAAAACAAAGCUAUAAUGCCUAACAAAACUCUCCCCACCUUGUACUCAUCUCAAUACCCCCUUUCACCCUAACAAAUUAUACGUCAGGCCACGAUCACCCACACUCUCUUUGUCUUUUUCUCUAACCAUUUCCUCCAUCAACAUAAAUUAAACUAUUAGUCACUUGUGAUACCACCUUGUGUGCUGUUUCUUUCCCUCGGUUUUCUCUUGAAACCCGCUCAGAGAAGUAUGUCUGCCGGUGUCUUCUCUGCCCCAGUUGCCGGUUCCGGCUAUAUUGGCUUGAAACCCAACCCGUCAAAGCUUUUUCCUGUGAAGGAUUCGAUAGGAUGGAGCCGGAAAACCAUCUCAAACGGCUCUAAAACUCACUGCAUGAAGACAUGGAAUCCAAUUGAUAACAAGAAGUUUGAGACACUCUCAUACCUCCCACCUCUCUCUGAUGAUUCGGUCGCAAAGCAGAUUGAUUACAUGAUCAAAAACGAAUGGAUCCCUUGCCUUGAAUUUGAUGCGGUGGGGCAUGUGUACAGGGACAAUAGCCAAAUUCCAGGUUACUAUGAUGGGAGGUAUUGGACUCUGUGGAAGCUGCCUAUGUUUGGGUGCAAUGACUCCUCUCAAGUCCUGAAUGAGAUUCAUGAGUGCAAGAAGGCAUACCCAAAUGCUUAUAUUCGCUGUUUGGCAUUCGACAACAAGCACCAGGUUCAGUGUAUGGCCUUUGUCAUUCAAAAACCCACCUCCUGAGUGCUCUGAAGAUUCACUCACCCUUCAUCUACGAAGAGCACUUAGUGUUUCACUUUUCUCUAUUUUAAUCCUUUUAUUCCUUCGUUGUCUGUCCUUUUCUUUGGCAAUAAUUUAUAAUUGACUCGUUGUGGAGGGAUCUUUUAAGGUUUUAAUUGCAAUAAUUACUUACUACAAGUUGUUUGUGUAUGUCACAUUAUAAUAGCCCAUUGUUUUGUGGCUUCUAACCCCUUGUUUUGGAAAAGCAACGUUCUCUCCAAGAGAGAGAAUGAAAAAGUCUUUCGCCACAA